GUGGGACAGUGAGGGGGGAGGUGUUUGCUCGCCCCGGUGGCACCGGGGUGGGGUUACCGGCUGGGGCGCUGCCGUCGGUGCCGUUCCCGGUUUCAGCACCGGUGGGCGGACAGCGGCACCGGCACCGGCACCGGCACGGGCAGCCGGUGCCAGUGGCUGCUGCCGCACUGCUGGGCUUGGGACAAACCCUUCUGUCAGUGUCCCCUUACUCUGUCCCUGUCCCCUCUGUCCCCAUCACCUCCAUCCCCAUCAUCCCUGUCCCCAUCAUCCCCAUCCCUGUCACUCCUGCCCCCAUCAUCCCCAUCCCCAUCACAUCUGUCCCCAUCACCUCCACCCCUAUUAUCCCUGUCCCCAUCACCUCCAUCCCUGCCAUUCCUGUCCCCAUCAUCUCCAUCCCCACCACCCCCAUCCCUCUCCCCCCCAAUCCUCUCCCCACUACCUCCCCAUCACCCUAUCCCCACCACCCUGUCCCCGUGACCCAUCCCUGUCCCCACCCUUGUCCCCAUCUUCUUCAUCCACAUGCCCUGCCCCAGCCGGGUGUCACUGCAGGGCUGGCCUGGCCCUGCCCAGAGGUGACCUCGGUCCCUCCUGCUGUGGCUUGGCCAUGCCACUGCGCGGUUAUUUUUGGGCCAUUCUACCCCCUGGCUCCGUGCCUGUCCCAGUCCAGCUUGCAGGGACAGCAUGGGGCUGGCACAGACAAGGGACACGGCUCCAGUGUCGUCCACCCCUUGCACAGACACGUGUCCGAUGGGGACAGCCACAGCUUGGGAGGGGACAGGGACUGGCUGUCCUGGGGACUGGGACUGGCUGUCCUGCGGCCAGUCCUGCCCCAGCUGUCCCCAGGGGCUGCUGGCUGCCAAGCAGCCCAGGGGAGGUGGUGCUGCCCCCACCCCACUGUCCCCUGAUGUCCCUCUGUCCUGAUGUCCCCAUGAUUGUGCUUGCGGUCCCUUGGAGGCAAGGGGGACCCCUCCACCAGGACUGCUGUCUGGUGGGUUUCGGGGUCCCAGCAGGUGCUGCCAUGGCAGGGGGGGCCCGUUGCUGUCUUUCCUGGACCCCCGCCAGCUGCUGGAUAUUUCUGUGGCCGUCGGGAACAGCAGGUAUCCAUCCAGCUGUCUCAGCGGGGCCCUGGCGUCAGGCUGGGCAGGCGCCAGCUCCCACGGCCGGGCCAGCAGCUCUCCUGUGGGUGACACUGCCAUCAGCCGGGCCUCAUCCUGCUGCUUCCUCUCCCUGUUGGGCAUGGUCCCAGGAGGGGGCUCGUCACAGCAGCAAGGAGGGGCUGGGGGCACGGUGUGAGCCUUGGGGCAGGUUUGGCUCUCACAGGGUCACUCAGUGGCACUGUGGCAUGGCCACACCAUGUGUCCGGGAUGCUCUAGGCUCAGCCAUGUCCCUCAGUGGCACCAUGGUGUGUCUGUGCCACGUGCCUGGGAUGUUCCAUGCUCAGCCACAUCCCUUGGUGGCACCAUGGUGUGUCCACACUGCAUGUCCGGGAUACUCCAUGCUCAGCCACAUCCCUCAAUGGCACCAUGGUGUGUCCACACCGUGUGUCUGGGAUGCUCCAUGCUCAGCCAUGCCCCUUGGUGGCACCAUGGUGUGUCCACACCGUGUGUCUGGGAUGCUCCAUGCUCAGCCAUGUCCCUUGGUGGCACUGAGGCACAGCUACUCUGUGUCUGGGUCACUCGGAGCUCAGCAUGGCAUUUCGCCCUGUGUCUGGACAGACCACCCCUGCCCUUUCAGGAGCAGCUGCCUCCUUGGGGACAGCAGGGUGGCUGGUGGCACGGGGCCAAUGAGGGACCACGUGCCUCAGCAGCCGGGUGCACACCGUGCUGGCGCAGCCGGGGGGGACCCACUCCAUGUGCUGACUGCUGGAGCCAGACAGUUGUUUAAUUUCCCAGGCGCGGGCGGGAGGGGGAUGGAAAGUUUCCCGAGGCCGCCGGGGCUGGGACGGCCGCACGCUUCCUGCUCUGCACCAGCGGGCAGUGUGGCCUUGCCGCUGUGCUGGGGGGUCCCUGAGCUGUGCCAUGCUGCCCACCGCACACUGCUCGCCGGGGGCUUCGCCGGCGGCAUCCCCCCGCAAUUCCCCCCGCAAUUCCCCCAUCCUCUUCAGGAAGCUCCUGAUGAACCAGAGCAUCCGCCUGCAGCGACGCUUCACCGUGGCGCAUCCCCUCUGCUUUGACCUGGAGAAUGGCCCCCCGGGCCGGGGCAUGCUGGACCCCCAGGCCAGCCCAGGUGCGGGGCUGGUCCUGCAAGGCACCUUCCCCCACGGCCAGCGCCGCGAGUCCUUCCUCUACCGCUCCGACAGCGACUACGACCUGUCCCCAAAAGCCAUGUCCCGCAACUCCUCCAUUGCCAGCGACCUGCAUGGAGAAGACAUGAUCGUCACGCCGUUCGCCCAGGUUCUGGCCAGCCUCCGCACCAUCCGCAGCAACCUGACCCAUCUCCAGGACCGUGCCAGCAUCAAGCGAGCGUCAAGCAGCAGCCUGCCUUCUGGGAGCAAGGCCAGCCUCACGGGUCCCUUGCCAAGCUGUUGGGUGCCCCCGGCAGAAGAUGCCCACCAGAAGCUCUCGCGGGAGACCCUGGAGGAGCUGGACUGGUGCCUGGACCAGCUGGAGACACUGCAGACCAGGCACUCGGUCAGCGAGAUGGCUUCCAACAAGUUCAAAAGGAUGCUGAACCGGGAGCUGUCACACCUCUCAGAGACCAGCCGCUCAGGGAACCAGGUCUCUGAGUACAUCUCCAGCACCUUCCUGGACAAGCAGCACGAGGUGGAGAUCCCCUCAGCACUGGCCAAGGACAAGGAGAAGGAGAGGAGGAAGCGCCCCAUGUCCCAGAUCAGCGGCGUCAGGAAGCUCACGCAUGGCUCCAGCCUCGCCACCACUGGCAUCCCCCGCUUUGGGGUGCGGACAGACCAGGAGGGGCUGCUGGCCAAGGAGCUGGAGGACACCAACAAGUGGGGGCUCAAUGUGUUUAAAGUUGCUGAGUACUCAGGCAACCGCCCGCUGACGGUCAUCAUGUACAGCAUCUUCCAGGAGCGCGACCUGAUGAAGACCUUCCGCAUCCCCGUCAGCACCUUCAUCACCUACAUGCUGACGCUGGAGGACCACUACCAUGCCGACGUGGCCUACCACAACAACAUCCAUGCUGCUGAUGUGGCUCAGUCUACCCACGUCCUCCUCUCCACGCCCGCACUGGAGGCUGUCUUCACGGACCUGGAGAUCAUGGCUGCCAUCUUCGCCAGCGCCAUCCAUGAUGUUGAUCACCCCGGUGUCUCCAACCAGUUCCUCAUCAACACCAACUCAGAGCUGGCGCUGAUGUACAACGAUGCCUCAGUGCUGGAGAACCACCACCUGGCUGUGGGCUUCAAGCUUCUGCAGGAGGAGAACUGUGACAUCUUCCAAAACCUGAGCAAGAAGCAGAGGCAGUCACUCCGCAAAAUGGCCAUUGACAUGGUGCUGGCCACAGACAUGUCCAAGCACAUGAAUCUGCUGGCGGAUUUGAAAACCAUGGUGGAGACCAAGAAGGUGACCAGCCUGGGGGUACUGCUGCUGGACAACUACUCCGACAGGAUCCAGGUCCUGCAGAACAUGGUGCACUGCGCUGACCUCAGCAACCCCACGAAGCCGCUGGAGCUGUACCGGCAAUGGACUGACCGCAUCAUGGUGGAGUUCUUCCACCAAGGCGACCGGGAGCGGGAGAAGGGGAUGGAGAUCAGCCCCAUGUGUGACAAGCACACUGCCUCCGUGGAGAAGUCCCAGGUGGGUUUCAUCGACUUCAUCGCCCACCCGCUGUGGGAGACGUGGGCCGAUUUGGUGCACCCUGAUGCCCAGGAGAUCCUGGACACACUGGAAGACAACCGGGAAUGGUACCAAAGCAUGAUCCCACGCAGCCCAUCCCCACCACCCGAGGGACCUGGAGUGUCCCCUGCCAGCACUGACAAGUUCCAGUUCGAGCUGAUGCUUGAGGAGGAGGAGGAGGGUGAGUCGGACACAGAGCUGGAGGGGGCUGAGAGCCCCUUGGAUGAGGACAACAGUGGCUCCAAGACACCAGCCACAGAUGACUCUGAGUCGGCCGACACCAAAUGCCUGUCACCCAGCCCUGGGGACCAGGACUCACCUGUCACCCGGCCCAGGGAUGUGGACAACCGGCGGGCGCUGGAGGGGACGCUGCCGAAGGAUGCCAGUGGUGGUGGGUGCUCGGUGCCAGGGCCAGAGGGCAGCCAGGGGCUGUGCCUGGACACAGAGGGCAACGUCACAUUCUUGCCCCUGGGCACAUAGUAGCAUUGACUGGUGGGUCCCCUCGCUGCCACAGGGAUGUGGGACUGGAUGCUGCCCUGGUGAGGGCUGGAGACAGUGGACGGCAGGCAGUGGAGAGCACCAGCACCACAGGGACCAGGGCAGCCGCUGGGAUGUGAAGGGACCCAAAGCAUGUCCCUCUGCAAGAGCUGGGCAGGUCCUAAUGGGCAUGAGGACGCUGCUUGCCUUCUCCCAGCAACUGUCCCCUGCUCCUGCCCAGUGGCCCCAGCUGCUGAAGGUCCCUGUCCCCUUCAGACAGUGGGGACACUGUGCUUCUGCCCCAUCACAGCCUUGGGGACAUCAUGCCACACAGGGCUCCAGGAAGAGGUCCUCCACGGGGCAGGGCACAGCUAAAAGCAUUUUGGUGUCUCUCUGGGUGGCCCCUCGCAGAACAGCAGCCCCACGACAGGACAGCGAGGUGGGCAAAGGGUGCUGGUGACAGCCCCCAGCACAAGGAACCUCAGUGCGGCCAGGCACCGGGGCACAGCAUGGGCAUGAGUCAGUGGUUUAUUUAUUUGGGGACAUGUCCACUUUUUAAAGCCUUUUAUAGCUCACUUUUUAAUACAAGCCUCACCUAGGUGCACUCACAUGC